AUGGCUCAAAGGCGUUUGAUGCAGGAGUUGCAGGCUCUUGAGAAGGAGAAAUGGGUAACUAUUGAGACUGACGAGACCAAUCUUCUACGUUGGAAGAUCGGGCUUUGGGUUGUGAACCCCGACAGCAUCUGGCAUGGCGCCUAUCUCCGCGCCGAUAUGCGUUUCCCUACCGAAUAUCCCUAUCAACCACCGACCUUUAAAUUCCUUACCAAGAACAUCUGCCAUCCGAAUGUCUACGCAGACGGUCACCUGUGCAUCUCCAUUCUCCAUAGACCAGGCGACGACGAACAAUCGGGCGAGUCGGCGAGCGAGAGAUGGAACGUGCUCCACGGCGUCGAGUCCGUCCUUCGAUCAGUCCUUCUACUGAUGGAUGAUCCUGAAAUCAACUCCCCUGCCAACGUUGACGCCAGCGUUCUUUACCGCGAUAAGCGGCAGGAGUACAACUCUCGUGCCAAAGAAGUUGUCGACCGCACUCAGAAAGACAUCCCAUCCGGUGCCCGAAUGCCGACAGCCACCGACCUAGCCCCUACACUGGUCAAGCCCGUCGAGGACGAUGCCGACUUCUGGAACAUGUCUGAUGAAGAGGAAGACUUUGGAGGCAGCGACAGCGAGGAGGACAUGGGUGAUUUUGAGGAGGAAGACGACGACGACGAUGAAGAUGACGAAGAAGACGAUGCAAAGUGA